GUUACGGUGGCUGUUGUAUUCUAAUGUGUGUGAGCUGUUCAGGAUAAUCGGAAUAUUUUUAUUAUCUAAACACUACCGAGAACAACACAUGGCGACAAAGGAUGAUGUGGAGACGAGUGAAAAUGAAAUGCGGAUACAAGAUGACAGUCAAAAUAUAUCACUUGAGCAUUCUGAAAUAAAUACUGUUGAUAAUGUUAAACCCACAGAUCAAGAAACUCAACAGAAUUCUAGAAAGAAAAAGAAAUCUAAUAAUUUAAAAGAAAGUGAUUUGCUCAUGCAAAAAGCUGUACACGUUUUGCAUGAAGAAGAGGAUCAAUACGACGUAUUUGGGAAAUACAUUGCAACUGAACUGAGAAGCCUUUCAUCCGAUUAUUUGCGUAGGAAAUUAAAAAGAAAUUUCAACAAGCCAUAUUAGAAAUAAGUGAGGAAGAAGAUCUACUAAAUUCCGUUAUCUAUACUAAUCUAAGUUCAGUGAGCUCAUAUUCUGCUCCUACUGAACAUUCAGAACAGUCUAGUCAACAGACUUUUCCACAAUCUGUAGCACAGUACUUGUACACAGAAACUGGGAGUAAAUUUGUAAUGUUUUCCUAAAAUUAAAAACUUACUUUCAUAUAUUCGCCUUUCAGUACUUGGAAUAUUGCUCUACAUACUUUCGGAAUAAUUAAACUUAUUGUGCGCUUCGGUAUUCUAAAUAAG